AUGUUGGUGGACUGGAACCCCAGGAAGAGGAAAGACAUGGUCAGGAUGGCCAGGCAAAGAGGUGGAUUUGCAGAGAAACUCUGUGUUGAGUCCAAGGUUUCCAGAGAGGUCCAAUUCGACAGGCAGUUCAAGGCAGACCAGAUUGCGCUGAACGUUUCUGGAAAAGGAGACAGCCUGUCACCUUGGGAUGGUGUUCUUGAUUUACCAGAACAAACGCUCAUUCACAACCGCAGUCAACAGCUGAUCGACCAUUUGGGAGUUUCAGAAGAAGAGAUGAGUGACAUGGUGUCUGAUGUAGAGUCGGUCAUCACUUUCUACUGCAAGUCUCGCAACAUUACCUUCACCCCUGAGCUCAGCUGGCCACAUCUGCUCAAACCCCUGCUGGGGCUCCGGUUACCCCGCAGCGAUCUCUACAACUGCUUCUACGCUGUCAUGAAUAAAUAUGUCCCCAGGAUAUGUGUGCAGAAUGGCCGACCCUUCCACCUUUACAGACUGCUGCUGCAGUAUCAUGAACCAGAACUCUGCUCUUUCUUGGACACCAAAAAAAUCACACCUGACUCGUACGCCAUUAGCUGGCUGGCCAGUCUGUUUUCCAGCCACUGCAGGCCUGAAGUUACCCAGGCCUUAUGGGACUCUUACCUCCAGCAGGCCGACCCUUUCCUCAUCUUCUUUCUCAUGCUCAUCAUCCUUGUCAAUGCCAAAGAAACGAUCCUGGGACAGGAAGGCGACAGCAAAGAGGACAUCAUCAAAAUGCUGGAAGCAUCUCCCUCCCUCCUGGAAGCAGAAGACAUUGAAGAUUUGUUUUCACUGGCUCAGUAUUACCAGAGUAAAACCCCGCUGUCUCUGAGGAAGAUGAAUCAGAAUAUGUUUGGGAGCAGCCUGGUGGCUCUUAAAGAGGAGGACACAGAUCUGAAUCAGGCUCUCUGCCUCCCCGUGUCCGUCCCUGAAAUCCUCCAGGCCAAUCAGCUGCAGCAGGAUGGGGUGCGUUUCUUUGUGGUGGAUUGUCGGCCUGCAGAGCAGUACAAUGCUGGACAUCUGUCCACAGCCUUCCACCUGGACUCUGACCUGAUGCUCCAGAACCCCUCUGAGUUUGCUCUUUCUGUGAAGUCCCUCCUGGAGGCUCAGAAGCAGUCUUUAGAGUCGGGAUCCAUCGCCAGCGGAGAGCAUCUGUGCUUCAUGGGCAGUGGCAGAGAAGAGGAGGACAUGUACAUGAACAUGGUGCUGGCACAUUUCCUACAGAAAAACAAAGAAUAUGUGAGCAUUGCUAAAGGUGGCUUUAUGGCUCUCCAGAAGCAUCUGGUUGACAUGAACGUCGAGGGCCUGGACUCUUCCUAUGUCAACUGGAUUGUCAGCACUUCUGGAUCUCACAGCAACCUCAGUUCUUCUUAUGGAGAGCUGAGCAGCCCUGGAGAUGGCAAAGGUGUCAAAUCUCUAGUCAACAAAAUGACUUUUGCUCUGAAAUCCAAGUCAGUCAAUGUAAAGGAGAAGAUGAUCAGCUUCAUUGAGAACACCUCCACACCUGUAGACAGAAUAAGUUUUAAUCUGCCCUGGCCUGAGAAGGUGGUUCCAGAUGGGCACGUGAGCAGCAGUGAUCGAGUUGGCAAACCUUACCGGGGCGUAAAGCCUGUCUUCAGUAUUGGUGAUGAAGAAGAGUAUGACACAGAUGAGAUCGACAGCUCUUCCAUUUCGGAUGAUGACAGGAAGGAGAUUGUGAACAUUCAAACUUGGAUAAAUAAACCAGAUGUAAAACAUCACAUUCCAUGCAACGAGGUGAAAGAAACAGGUCACAUGUUCCCCAGUCACUUGUUGAUCACAGCAACUCACAUGUACUGCCUGAGGGAGAUCGCCUCCAGGAAGGGAUUUGCUUACAUCCAGUCCAGACAAGCUCUGAGCUCCGUGGUGAAGAUCACAUCCAAAAAGAAGCACCCAGAACUUAUUACGUUCAAGUUUGGGAGCAACAAUUCAGCUGGAGUUGAGAUAUCUGCAGUUGAGAGAUAUUUAAUACCCAAUGCAGGCGACGCCACAAAAGUCAUCAAGCAGCAGAUCAUGAAAGUUCUGGAUGCUCUGGAGAGCUCAUAAACAAAAAUUACAAAGUGUUCACAGGCAAUCGUGAUGACCACCCAUGACCCAAACUGUAAGAAGAGUCCUCCUCCUGCUGUUCUGGUGUCCUCGCUCGUGGACAGUGCAGCGUUGACUGGGACGCCUCGUAUGCCCUUCUUUGUGACACUCAGCCACACGGCUAACAUCACACCUGUGCCACAGGUUGUACAUGUCCAAAAACUUAGGUGCUCCUUAGUCAUCCAACCAUUACCUUUUACUAAUUUAAGAAGUUUUGGUUAGUGUGAAUUCUUCCUUACAACUUGUAAAUUAUGGGAUGUCAUUACAGAACAGAUUGGCUUUAAUUUUGCUCUGGCCUUAACGUAGCAU